AUGCAGCAUGACGAGGUUGUGCAGCUGAUUGAAAGCAGAUUGAAGUCCUUGAGAUUGAACAUCAACAAGGACAUAACAGAUGAAGUGUUCAGGAUGUUUUUGAAGAAGAGCACAACAAGCACACCUGAAGAUGUUGAUGUCUUUGUUGAUGGCUUGGUUGAGAGCGGGACUCUGAACACGCUGCAGCUGGAUGGCGGAGCAAGCGAUGAGGGAAAAAACGAUGGGCAGUGGAUGAGGUCAAGAAGAAACGCAGUUUAUUCGGAGAAAAUAACGCCUGGGACAUUCAGACUGCGGAGCUAUCCAAAGGACGAGGCAGCAGUGCGGUUUCUGAAUGAGAUUCUUGUGGCAGACAUACCUUUUGGGUUUAUGAAUCCUGAGCAGAAGAAAAGGUUGAUAGAGUCUAUGGAGCUGAUGGAUGUGCAUAACGGGACAGUUGUGACACAGGAAGGUACGCUUGGAUCACAGAUGCAUAUUAUUGAGAGUGGGGAGUUUGAGGUCAGCAAGGACGGAAAGGUUCUGCGUAGGCUGUAUCGAGGAAGUUUUUUUGGGGAAAUAGCGCUUCUGCAUAACAUUCCAAGGACAGCGACUGUUAAGGCAGUUACUGAUGGAAAGGUGUGGGUUGUUGAGCAAACAUCGUUUUCAGGGAUCCGGAUGAUGGACAGGAUUGCCAACAAGAAGGUUGUUCUUGAGGGGCUGCGAGAGAACGGAAUGGAUGGAGAUGAUUAUGAGAGUGUGAUGAGCCGGCUAAGCUUUGCGUACUACAAGAAGGGAAGCAGGGUUGAGAUAGGCGAGUCUGAGUUUCUGAUGAUUGUGAGGGAGGGAGAGAUUGAUGAUGGAGAGGUAAGAAUUGUUGUACCUAAGGAGGUGCUGCGUGUAGGAUUUACUGCUGUGACAGGAAUUGAGGUAGCACAUAUUCCUGUGUUGAGUGGCAAGCAUGAGGAGGAAAAAGGAGUAAUAAAGAAUAAAGAGUGA